AUGGCGGAGGCGGUCGUUGGAGGAGGCAUUUGUGGCUCUGGUCCGCCGGGCUCGUUUCCUAGCGACGAAUACGAGUGCAAAAUAUGCUACAACUACUUCGUUGAUCGUCACCAUCCCAAACUGCUCAGCUGUUCCCACACCUUCUGCCUGGAAUGCCUCGAAACGUUGCACUUCCGGGAGGGUCGGGGAUGGAGAAUCGGUUGCCCAGUGUGCCGCCACCGAACUCCUUUAACGGAAUGCCGGGUCCGCAACCUCUCCGACAACACAGCUCUCACCGAAGCGCUCGCGCUUAAGAAGCACGAGCCCGAGGACUCGUCAAACGCAGAAGAAAAAACGGCUCUGCCCGCUUCUCCUGCGACCUCCGCGGAGACCGGCGGCGGGCAGAUGGAAACGUGCAAACAAGUUGCGUUCAAGACAAGUUGCGUGUGCGCCAUCUUUUCCUUUUCUCCAUGGCGGUUGCUUUUAUUUCUGGGCCUCAUUUUUGUGCAUAAUCUCAGCCACAUCAGGUCGCUCAUCCCUGUCUGCUUGUCUGUGGCCAGCAUCCUCGCCCUGCUCUCGGUUAUUCUGACUUGGUUAACCUGCAUGCUUUAUCAACCUGAAACUGAAGCAAGCAACCCAGUUUAUCUCAAUAUCUGUGAUCACCUGGCUGCAGAGCUAAGGUACACCAACGAAACCUAG